ACUUUUUAUGACAAAAUGGCAAAGGACGGAGAAAAGAGCGGGUGGAAGGAGUAUAUAUGGAACCCCAGGACCAGGGAGUUUCUCGGCAGGACGGCGAGCAGCUGGGGUCUUAUUCUUCUUUUCUAUGUAGUUUUCUACAUUUUCCUGGCCGGCUUGUUUACGCUCACCAUGUACGUCAUGCUGCAGACCCUGGACGACCACAAACCCACCUGGCAGGACAGGCUCUCCACACCAGGCAUGGUGAUUAGACCCAAAGCAAGUGAGUACUUUGAGAUCAUCUACAACGUCGAGAACACCGAGAGCUGGGACAUGUACACUCAGACCCUGGACAAGUUCCUGGCACCCUACAACAGCUCUGACCAGGCCCAGAAAAACGACGAGUGCACCCCGGACCAGUACUUCCAGCAGGAGGACAGCGGCAGUGUGAAGAACAACCCAAAGCGUUCCUGUCAGUUCAACCGCACUAUCCUGGAGGACUGCUCUGGAAUUCAUGACCGUUACUAUGGAUACCAGUCGGGCAAACCGUGCAUCAUCAUCAAGCUGAAUCGGGUGAUUGGGAUGCUGCCAGGAAAGGAUGGACAGGCUCCGUUUGUCACCUGCGGUGCGAAGAGAUACAAAGUUGGCAAAGAUCAAUGGAAAGAAGAUAGUGAGAAGAUUGGAGAGUUGAUGUACUUCCCUCCAAAUGGCACCUUCAACCUUAUGUACUACCCUUACUAUGGCAAGAAAGCUCAGGUGAACUACUCUCAGCCUUUGGUUGCCGUCAAGUUCCUUAACAUUACUCAAAAUGAAGACGUCAACAUCGAGUGCAAGAUCAACGCCAACAACAUUCCCAAAGGAAGCGAGAGAGACAAGUUUGCCGGGAGAGUGUCUUUCAAGCUGAGGAUCAACACUAAAUAG